AUGGCUGUUUCUUCUAUAUUUUCUGUAGCAUUAAUAUUAUUUUCUCUGUUGUACAAGAUAGGGGGUGUGGUGAGUCAAUAUUGGGUGAGGGAACAAGUAAACAAUGCUGGGUCUGGGUGUGACCUUUUCCAUGGAGAAUGGGUGUACGAUAGGUCCUACCCUCUCUACAUUUCAACAGACUGUCCCUUCAUUUUGAAGGAGUUUGAUUGCCAAAAGAAUGGUAGACCAGAUAAUGAGUAUCUCAAGUACAGAUGGCAGCCCACUUCAUGCGAUUUACCAAGGUUCGAUGGAAGAAACUUUUUGGGAAGAUUUAGAGGGAAGCGCAUCCUAUUUGUAGGGGACUCAUUGAGCAUGAACCAAUGGCAGUCUCUCACAUGUUUGCUUCAUACAUCAGUGCCAGAAGCCAGCUACACCUUGUCCAAGGUUGGAGGUGUCUCCACAUUCAAGUUUCCAGCAUACGACGUUUCGAUCGUUCUGUCCCGCAAUGCCUUUCUGGUAGAUGUUGUGAAUGAUAGCAAUGGGCGUGUUCUAAUGCUGGACUCAAUUCAAAAUGGAAGUUAUUGGAGAACCUUUGACGUCUUGGUCUUCAAUACAUGGCAUUGGUGGCUUCAUACUGGAAGAAAACAACCGUGGGCACAAGUUCGAUAUGGUGUGAAUAAUGCACACAAGGACAUUGAUCGCAUGAAGGCCUAUGAGAAAGCUUUGACGACAUGGGCUAGAUGGGUGGAAUCUAGUGUAGAUCCUAGUAAAACAAAGGUCUUCUUCCAAGGUGUUUCUCCGGAUCAUAUGAGGUCAAGAGAAUGGGGUGAUAAUGCAAAAUCGGAGACCUGUUUUGGACAAACAGCACCAGUGUUAGGAACACAAUAUCCAGGAGGCUCACAUCCAGCACAAGUAGUGUUGCGCACAAUGUCCAAGCCAGUUCACUUGCUCAACAUAACAACACUGUCACAACUCAGGAAAGAUGGCCACCCUUCCUUCUAUGGUUUUGGCGGCCGCCGUAGCAUAGAUUGCACCCACUGGUGUCUUCCCGGCAUUCCGGAUAGUUGGAAUCAAAUUCUUUUUGCUGCACUCUUCCAAAGAUGA